CGUCAGGUUUCGCUACCGUCAAAGCAUUCUCCUGGGUGCGAGUUCAACAAAGUAAGAAGGCCAAGAAAGCGAGUUCCAUUUGACUAUGAUAUCACAAGGGAAAUUAUGUGCGAAUACUACCGCACAACAACCAAACGAGGAAUUACAUCUUGGCUCUGUGAAAGCAGCAAGACUGAACAAUGAAUUGCGAACUACUGAUGUUUCCAUGCAGACAGUCACCAGCUCACACAGUUUGGAUAAAACAAUGGAUAUUAAAGAUGAAGGUACACAGACGAAUGGCGACACGAGUCAACACGGAAGUUUAUCGGCUUUCGGUACGCCAGCCCAUGAAUCAGCGCAUGUGCAUCGCGUCAACAAGAGACCACCGGCUCAACAGCGUAAUGUGUCGGACCGCGCACCAGCCCGUGAACGUCCACCCUUUUAUCCACCUGGCCCUCGAUCGUGUAGAGAAGUCGAUUAUACUUCUGAAUCCACCCGGUUGGACCGAAUUCGACAUGCCCGGUCGUUGUACAGAAGGUCGUAUUACCUGAGUAUUCCAGCGUCUGGGACGACAAGAUAUAAAUCCAACCCCUGCCUCUCCCAGUGUCCGAAGCGUUCCAAGUCCAUGCUUAACUGUUCGCAAAACUCCUCGUAUACUGGUUCUUCGGGGCAGUCACAAAAUGGUGGACCAAUCAGUCAUGAACAAGCUGAGGAAUUGCAAAGAUCUGUAUCACUACGAACAAUUCCUCCGUUAACUCAGGAUACCAUGCCCGAUAAGGUGCCUUACUGGAGCACGCUGUGCAUGGAUCAAUCACCGGAAGCUGAAACUCAACAGCUGUCCGACUCUCUUGAGCCCAUGGCACCAGGCACUGUUCAACAAAGCCCGAGACGUAGCCCAGAGGAGAAAGGUCUAACAUCUGUGCCAGACUUCAUUCAUCUGGCCGAGUCAGGUAAUUCAAAGGGUACCUAUCGAUUGGACGUCACAUCAACGGAAUCACUGAAAAGGGACCUAUUAAAUUUGCAUGUCCAAGCCGAUGAAUUAGAUCGAAGGUGGAGGAAUACUGAUGAAGCUCCUGAGUCUAAGAAACUGAACAUUUUCACCAGCACCGCAAGAUGGACGUGGCCCGUCAGACAGCGCAAAGAUCAAUUUGUAUCAGAAAAGUCGUUUAAACUUGCGUUCCCCCCGCUUAAGUGCACAACCAGAUCGGUCUCCGCUGUGAGUACCAGCCGUGAAAUCCUUGUUCCUUUGAACUCCACCCAUCCGGUACAUGCUGCCAUGCUUCGGUCGACGGGUCCUGGACAAUCAUUGAGCAUAAUGCAAGCAAGGAUUGUAUACGAUCUGACAUUUAGACCGCUACAAAUGGAAACAUCGAUGGACUUUCCAGGCGGGGAUGAGGUAAGCACAGCCUCGAGUGAAUUGCCCGUUUAGCGGGAAUCUCAUGUCAACCGUGUUAAAUAUAUCGC